AUGGAUUUUGUCGCGGUCGAGCGAUUUGGUCGGCCAAAUUGUUUUGGCCGAGAGAUUUCGGCCGAGGCCGAGCGUGUUUCCCGGAUCGACCGGCACGGUCGAGUUGGGAAGGAUAAGGAUGAGAGAGGACCAAGGAUUGAGAAGCCACGUCUUGAGAGGGCUAGAGUUGAGAAACCACGAUCUGAUAGGCCAAGAGCUGAGAGACUUGUUCAAGCCCCUUGUGUGCUUGAUGAAGAGAGCCUUCAAGCUUUGUUUGAUGAGCCACUAGGAAGGGCUCCAAAAAGAAGGGAGGAUGCAGCCUCUAAGGCAAGACCAGGUGAUAAAAGAAAGGAUCCACCAGCUCAGACCCCUUCACUCAAGCCAUCUCAGCUCACAAUGACUUUGUUCCCCACCAAGUUUGAAAAUGGGAAGAUUGAGUACAAGAUAAGGUACAAGGGGAGAUCAAGGCCAUUCUCUAGAGCCAAGGCCUUGGUGACUUCAGAACAGUCCAGGGACCCAACCAAGCUAAAGGAGCUUCUGUCUCAAGUCCUCACUAUCACCCUUGAUGGUGGGACUAGCUCAACCAAUGCCUAG